CCCCCCCCCCCCCCCCCCGUGCCAGAUUCCUUUUGGCUUUUCCUGCCCGAUGCCUGGAAGAAGGUGCAUCCCGGUCCCGCUUGACUAGGCCAUGGGUGAUGGCCUCUGUUUCUGUCGCUGUGGUGCUUCUGAAGGGCCCGAUUCCUGCACCCUGGAGGUCUCUCAGAGCUGGAUUAUACUCCGGUGCUGCUCCGAGAACGCCUGCGUUGGAGAGCUGGAGUGCAUCGCCUGCGCAUGAGAGAGCAGGGCCUCCCAGGGCAAAGGGGGCUUUGUGGGGGCCGGGAGGGGGCACAUAAAGAGGGCAUGCUUUUGCUGCUGAGGUCAGAGUCGCGUGAGAGUGGGGAGUCCCAUUUUUGAUGCCACCUGCCCGUUUCUCAGCCCCCCCUCACACGCACCGCAGUCUUCAGUUGUGUGCCUUCCCGUUGCUGCUUGCACAUGAAAUUAGCACGCCUCGUUAACGAUCUGUGCCAACGCCUCUGUUGCCGCCAAAGGGAGUUGGCAAGCCCCAAGCCCAGGCCGUGUUGCAGGAAGUAUGUGGGGCUGAGCGGAUAAUCCCCCUUAACGGGCUCCUUUUAAACGUGCGAGCCACAGGUACCUUCAGUGGAAUUUUAAAUGUCUGGUCGUUGAUCGGUGGUUGGCAACUGACCUCCAACGCGUGGCCCUCCGCCGUGACGCUCUUUGGCUUCUGAGCGUCCUGCUGGGUGUCCUGGCGAGUCCAGCCUGUGCGGAGCCGCCCAACAGCAGCACAAACCCAGACAUGGAGGGGGCGACACAGCCCCCAGGCCGCAGGCCGCAGUCGCCAGUCGAGGGGAGAGGGGCAGCUGGCUCAGUGCGGGGAGUCCUGCCGGUUCUCCCCACCCCGUGCCCACACACCUCCCGAGAGAUCGCUCCGUGAUUGCCUCUCCCUCACAGGCAUGGCCCUCUGCAGACUCGCCGAUGAGAGAAAGCGGAUUACCGGGCGCUGAGCUGACGGGGCCCCCCUUGCGGCACCGGCGUGUCCCUCGAGGGCCUGUGCGGCGGCGAGGACCGUGCCUGGCGCGGCUUUGCGCCAUGGCGCCCCAGCACCACGAGAGCGGCAGUCGGGCCGCUCCAGGCCGCUGGCGUGACGUUCCCGCGUGGCGGGUGGCGCUUCUGUCUGCCCCCCCGGCCGGUCGCCUGGAUGUAGCGCUUCGGCCGGCCGUCGCAGAGGCGUGAGAGGGAGGCUGCGUGGAGCAGCUCCCGGGAGAGCUGAUGGAGGCCGAGGCCGCGGAGCCCUCCGGCCCAGGCUGGGCUGCUCCGGGACACGUGAUCGUGGUGAAAGUGGAGCCGGAGGAGGAGCUGUGCAUCGAAUGCCCGGGAGACCCGGCGGAGGCGCCCUCGGACCCCACGGCAGGCGUCGAGCCAGAGAUGGCGAUCAAGAUCAAGAUGGAGCCAGAGGAUGACUCCUACGAGGACAGCCCCGGGGAGUGCAGCGACGGCGACUCCGGCGACGGCACGGACUCCUCCGAUGCCAGGCCUGACGUGAUAGUGAAGAUGGAGCCAGAGGAUGAGGAGGAGGAGCUGGGCUUCGGGGGGCCCCCCGGCCCGGUGGGGACUGAGGCCCCGGGCCCCCUUCCCGCAGGUGGCCGCCCGCAGCCCAGCGUGGGCCCCCUGGGGGCUGCCGAAGGAGCAGCGAUGGGCCCGCGGCCAUCGCCGCAGAGUGGGGGGGGCAGCGGCCCCAGCCCCGGGGUCCCCCCGGAGCAGAAGUGGCCCCAGCCAGUGGAUGCACAAGGGCGGCCCCGGCCCCCCAAAGGCCACGGCGCUGGUCCCCGAGAGGAGGCCGCCCGCCCCCGGGGGGUCUGGGGGACCCGACGAGAAGUUGCCCCCGCUGCCCCCCGGCCUGGCCGAGGCCAAGCGCCCCCGGAGCCACCCGGCGGAGCGGCCCUUCGCCUGCAGCGUGUGCGGGAAGCGCUUCCAGCACCGGGGCAACCUGAUCACCCACCUGCGGGUGCACACCGGGGAGAAGCCAUUCCCCUGCGCCGAGUGCGGGAAGAGCUUCAGCCAGAAGGGGGACCUGAUGCGCCACCUGCGCAUCCACACAGGCGAGAAGCCCUUCGAGUGCACCGUCUGCGGCAAGAGCUUCUGCUCCAAGCAGACCUUCGUGCUGCACCAGCGCAUCCACACGGGCGAGAAGCCCUUCUCCUGCGAGGAGUGCGGCAAGGCCUUCAACCGCAAGGCCAACUUCAUCACGCACCAGAAGAUCCACCGGGGCGAGCGGCCCUUCGUCUGCGGCGAGUGCGGGAAGGGCUUCUGCGCCAAGAAGACCUUCAUCCUGCACCAGAAGAUCCACGUGGGCGACCGGCCCUUCGGCUGCUCCGAGUGUGGGAAGAGCUUCAGCCGCAACGGCGACCUCACCCGGCACCAGCGCAUCCACACCGGCGAGCGGCCCUUCGCCUGCGCCGACUGCGGCAAGAGCUUCAGCCACAACGGGGAGCUGAUCAAGCACCGGCGCAUCCACACAGGCGAGAAGCCCUUCUCCUGCCUGGAGUGCGGCAAGGCCUUCAACCGCAAGGGCACCCUCAUCACGCACCAGCGCAUCCACACCGGCGAGCGGCCCUUCGCCUGCGCCGACUGCGGCAAGACCUUCAACCUCAAGACCACGCUGAUGAAGCACCGGCGCAUCCACACGGGCGAGCGGCCCUUCGCCUGCCUGGAGUGUGGCAAGACCUUCAAGUACAAGGGCAACCUCCGGACCCACCACCUGACCCACACGGUGGAGCGCGUGUACCCCUGCACGGAGUGCGGGGCCGUCUUCAGCCAGCGCAAGGAGCUAAAGGCGCACCAGGCCGCCCACCCCGGGCCCCGCCUGCUGCCCUGCUACGGGGACGGCGGCCAGGACGUGAGCCCCUUCCUGCCCGUCCACCCGCUGCUGCUCUCCUGCUCCCCGCUGCCCGUGCCCCUGGAGACCCUGGGCUACCAAGACGUGGGGCGGGGGGAGGCGGACCCGUAGCGCGGCCUGGGGGCCGGCCGGCCAGGGAGGGCUGCUGCCCAGACGGACUGUCGGGGGGCCCCGAGACGGGCGCCACAGGACCUUCCCGCCCGCAGAGCUGAUGGGCGGCGUGCCAGGACCGUGCCUGGCAGCCGCCCACACUCCCCGGAGCGAAGAACCACAGCGGCCGGCCUGGUGCGACGUCAGAGGGGCUCCCGUGCCGCGGACCCUGAAGCGAGCUCUCCGGCGGGCCUCUGGCGCGUGGCCCCAUCCUGCAGGGCGCCGUGGACGGGCGCUCCCCCGGCUUUCCCGGCUGCUGUGAGCGGGGGCGCUGGCCGGGCCCCCUGCCGGUUUCCAGGCUCUUGGUGACUGGUGCCAGGCUGGCGGGGACGGUGCCCGGGGCUGUUGCUGAGCCAGCGGUUUUGCGGGGUGGGGGGAGAGGAGGGGUGUUGACUAGGAUAAGAAGGUGCGGCCCUAGUUUAAAGUCCAGAUUAGGUUUUAAUAAAUUGAAACUCCAGUGGGGUGGAACGUGUCA